ACGCCCCGGCUCGGGACUGUGGGCAGGCCGCCCGACCCGCUGAUAGCGGAGACAGCGCAGAGUGCGGGCUGCCGCCGUCCCGGGGUGGGGCAGGGUAAGGCGGGGGCGCGGCGCUACCCUCCCCUUUCGCUGAAAGGGGGAGCGGAGCUAGGCGGGAAGCCGGCGCCGGCCGCCCGUUUGCCUCCGGCUGGCCGGAGCCAUGCGGAGCUGUGGGACGGCGAGGAGGGUUGCGGGUUGUGUUGCCCCGCUGCUGCUGCUGCUAUGGCAGUGCCUGCCGACGGCCCGGCCUUACAACUUGGACACUCAGCACCCACUGCUCUUCCAGGGGGGCAACGGGACCCUCUUCGGGUACUCGGUUCUCCUUCACCAACACGGCGAGGAGAAAUGGCUAGUGGUGGGCGCGCCGCAGGCCAGCUGGCCCACCAACAUCUCGGUCGUCAACCCGGGGGCCAUUUUCCGGUGCCGGAUAGGGGGGAACCCCCGCGGGCGGUGCGAGCAGCUCCAGCUGGGCAACCCCAAUGGAGAGUACUGUGGGAAGACUUGUUUGGAAGAGCGUGAUAAUCAGUGGCUGGGUGUCAGUUUAUCGAGGCAGCCAAAAGAAAAUGGAUCUAUCGUUGCCUGUGGACAUAGAUGGAAAAAUAUCUUUUACAUAAGAACUGAACACAAACUCCCAUAUGGUAUUUGUUUUGCUGUCCCUUCUGAUUUUCGAACUGAACUGAGCAGAAGAAUAUGCCCAUGCUAUAAAGAUCAUGUGCGAAAGUUGGGAGAAGACCAUGGGUCGUGCCAGGCUGGAAUGUCUAGUUUUUACAUUGAGGACUUAAUUAUAAUGGGAGCCCCUGGAUCAUUUUAUUGGACUGGUUCUGUUUUUAUAUACAACACAACAGCAAAUAAAAUCCAUGGUUAUACAGAUUCAAAUAACCAAGUGAAGUUUGGCAGCUAUCUAGGAUACUCUGUUGGGGCUGGACAUUUUCUGACAUCAGCCAGUACAGAAGUAAUUGGAGGGGCUCCCCAACAGGAACAGACUGGUAAAGCAUAUAUUUUUAGCAUUGAGGAGGACCUAAAUAUUCUGUUUGAACUAAAGGGUAAAAAGCUAGGUUCUUACUUCGGAGCUGCAGUUUGUGCUGUGGACCUGAAUUCAGAUGGCCUCUCAGACUUGCUGGUUGGUGCUCCAAUGCAAAGUACUAUCAGAGAAGAGGGAAGAGUUUAUGUCUAUAUCAAUUCAGGUUCUGAGGCAAAGAUGGUAGAACUGAACAUAGAGCUGAGUGGGAGUGACUCAUACGCAGCCAGGUUUGGAGAGUCCAUAGCCAAUCUAGGAGACAUCGAUAAUGAUGGCUUUGAAGAUGUAGCAAUUGGGGCUCCACACGAAGAUGAUCUAAAAGGGGUUAUUUAUAUAUACAAUGGCAGGGAAGAUGGAAUAACACCAUCAUUUUCACAGAGAAUACAAGGACAUCAACUCAGUAGUUCUUUAAGCAUGUUUGGACAAUCCAUAGCAAGUGCAAUUGAUGUAGAUAACAACGGUUAUCAAGAUGUAGCAAUUGGUGCAUUUCUCUCAGAUUCUGCUGUGGUGCUGAGAACAAAACCAGUGGUAAUUGUUGACGCUUCUUUAAAACAUCCAAGUUCAAUAAAUCGCACUAAUUUAAACUGCAUGGAAAAUGACCAGCCUGCAGUCUGUAUGAAUUUGAAGAUAUGCUUUACCUAUACAGGACGAGAAGUGCCUGGAUAUAUUGUGCUGCUUUAUAAUCUGAGUGUUGAUGUGAACCGAAGAGUAGAUACACAAGCAAGAUUUUACUUUUCCUCCAAUGGAACAUCUGAUACAAUCUCAGGAAAUGUAAAGAUUUACAGCAAGAAUACUGCCUGCAAAGAUCAUCCAGCAUUUAUGAGGAAAGAUGUAAGGGAUAUCUUGACUCCUGUACAUGUUGAAGCAAGUUAUCAGCUGAGGCAUCAUAUUCUACAAAAGAGAAAUAGUCAAGAAUUUUCACCACUUCAGCCUGUUCUUCAACAGAGGAAAGAGAAAGAUGUUAUAGUAAGCAAGUUUGUUUUUGCAAGAUUUUGCUCCCAAGAAAAUUGUUCUGCUGACUUGAGAGUUUCUGGGAAAAUUGCUUUUCCAAAGCCUCAUGAUAAGAAAACAUAUCUUGCUGUUGGAAGUAUGAAGACUUUGUUGUUGAACAUUUCUCUGCUCAAUGCUGGAGAUGAUGCGUAUGAAACUGUUCUCCACAUUCAAAUCCCUAAAGGUCUUUAUUUCAUCCGAAUUUUAGAAUUGGAAGAAAAACAGAUACAUUGUGAUGUAUUAGAUAAAGAAAUUCAUGCAGUGAAACUUGAGUGCAGCGUUGGUUGUUUAUAUGUAGAUCAGAAAUCAAAGCUGGAUUUUAGUUUUCUCUUGGAUGCAAGCUCAUUUACCAGAGCAGAAGAAGACCUCAACAUCAUCAUUAAUGCUACCUGUAAAAAUGAAGAUGGGAGCAUGUUGCUGGAUAACACGCUAACUUUAGCUGUACCUCUAAAAUAUGAGACCGAGUUAAAUGCUCAUGGAUUCGUAUCACCGGCUUCGUUUGUUUAUGGAACAAAUGAGAAAGAUUCCCCACUUACGUGUAUGAAGGAGAGUAUCAACUUCACUUUCCAUGUUAUCAGUGCAGGACCAAGCAUGGCUCCAAAUACAGCCUUAGAAAUAAUGAUACCUAAUGCUUUUCCACCCAAUAACUUCAGAUUAUUCAACACAUUGGAUAUCAAGACAACAGUUGGAGAGUGCUCCUAUAAUAAAUAUUCCAGAAACUGUAGUGUGGCAGAAAAAAAUGAAAACAUAUUAAAGGAUGUUGUCACAUUCUUUUCAAAGUCUGCUAAGAGACAAAUGUACUGCAUGAAAAAUGACAACUUUUGCUUACAAAUAUAUUGCAAGCUUGGAAACAUGGAAAGUGGAAAAGAAGCAACCAUUCAGUUGCAUCUAGAGGCAACUCCUUCACUUUUAGAAAUGGAUGAUGCAUCAGCAUUGAAGCUUGAAGUAAGAGCAACAGCCUCACCAGAAAAAAAUGCAAAAGUUAUUGAACUACAUGAGGACAAGCAAGUUGCAUACGUCUAUUUGGAAGGAGUGCAUCACCAAAUGCCCAAAUACCGUGUUACUGUGCUAAUAAUUGGAACAGGCUUAAUAGUUGGUGUUGCCUUGUUUUUGCUUCUUUCAUUUAUAUUAUGGAAGAUUGGCUUUUUCAAAAGGCAAUACAAACAAGUCCCUCAAGACAAUAACAGAAGAGACAGCUGGAGUUUCACAAGUGGGAACAAAGAUGGCUAAGAUGGCAAAUAAAUGUUUGAUUUUAAAAUGAAGACUUUCAGAUUCAAGUUAAUUUGCAGGAGAAACAUCAGAAACAAGAAAUUGGUCUUGAGCUCACUUGCUCUUACAAAAUGCAUUUUGUUUCCUUGAACUCUACGGAGGACUAUACCUUAGAGCACUCUUGCUUUUCUAAUAUGAAAAUGUUAAACCAAUUUGUUUUGAAGUCUUAGAGUAAUAUUUGAAAUGCCAUAUAUCUAUCUGGUUUCAAACAGACAACACUAAAGAUAAAGAGGAGAAGAAUUACUUACCAGAAAGAAUAAUUUCUAGAAGGUAAUCACAUUUUGCGAGUCCUGGAAAAUAAGAUCUCAGACAUAUCAGCACAACUUAUUCUAUUAAUUUUCAAGUCUUAAUAUUUUUUUUAAUUAGCCAUUCAAAAAGAAAUCCUCCUGUAUCUUGCUUUGGCAAUUUUACAAGGGUAAAUUAGCUUAAAACAAUAGGAGGACUGCAAGCAGAGCACAAGAAUGUAGGAAACAGCUAUUGGAAGCUGUCUGAAGGGAACCUCAUAAGCUUUUUGGCUUCACAGGCACAGCCAUAACACUGCAGAGACUUAGACACCCAGGCAAGGCAGAACCAGGAAGGUCAAAGGCAGUCUAGAGCAGGGAAUUCUGUGGGGUAGCCUGGAGAUGCAGCACAGAAUCCUCUCUCAGUGUUGGAAAGAGAUUUGUAUUGGAGAUUGUAAUUUGUAGCCAUCAUUCACGUGGUACUUGCAAGCAUGACAGAAUUACUUGUUCUGUCUUUUCCUCAGGUAUUGCUGCCAUGAUGUUUUGGACUUCUCCAAUGAAAUAUUUCUAUGUGGGUUUUUUUAAAGCAAGUAUUUAUUUCUAUUUAUUUGAAGAUUUUUCUAUAGUACUUAGCAUAGUAGUAUUUAGUAUUGGCAUUCUUCUGGGACCUGGGAGAAAAAAAGUCACGCUCACAUGAUGACAGAACAGAACCACAUACCAAAAGUACUCCAAAGGCCAACCUUGCUGGGCCAAAUUUUAUCUUCAGAUGUGCCAGCUGAAAUUACUUAAUAAAGAAGCUGUUUGGAGAGCUACCUUGGGUUCCUGUGAUGUUGUCAGAUAAAUACCUUCCAAACAGGCAUCCUCAGGAGUCACUCAGCAGAAAGGCAAAUGACUGAAUUCAAUGACAUGGUUCAAAGCACUGCUCUGCUACUACAGGAAGUUUCUUCAGGUAGAUAAGUUUGCACUGCCACCUAGCUUUGGUGAAAUAGUACAAUCCAGGGGAAAAGAAAAAAUGUUACUUUGCUCCCCAGUACAGCUGCAGAACUUCUUCAAUAACUGAAUCUAUUGCAGCAGCCGGAUGCAACAGCGCCUUUCUUGGGAUGCCUUUGAUGUCUUUCUGAACUGCAAGGAAAAUUGAAUGUAGUAUGUACAUACACUUUGAAGCUGCACCAUCAUACAGGACUUAGCCUGAGACUCAAAAGCAAUACAGAGUGCCUUUAACAAGCACUUCUGCUAAUAGGGUGUUUGGUGCCAUAAAAGCCAAUAUCCACAGAUUCUAAAGGUAUUGGGGACCAUUUUGUAAUUUCCUUUCACUUCAUUUGAUGCCAAAGACGUGGAUCUCUAAAGUAAUUUUUUUAAUCUUCUGCAGUGUAAGGACAAAUGAAUGUGCAUAUAUUUUUUACAAAAAUCAAAAUAAAGUAUGUGAAGAAUUAAA